AUGAGAAGUACUUACACUACUGAGCGAAUUCCCUAUGAACUAGAGAAAGAUCGCUCUCGAGCUUACUUUUCUCCGGCCGGUAUGCGUAAAGCUAUGCUUAAGCCGGGUGUUCAUAUUAAAGUGAUAAAAGGAGAUAAAGAAACGAUUUUGAAAGCGGCUCCGAAGUUUGAUGGUGAUGAUUUGGCUAUUUAUUUACCGGCGGAAGAGUUGGUGGCUCUAGGAGUUAGUUCGGGUGAAUCGGUUGGGGUAGAAAGUGCUAAGCUGGACUUAGUGGUGGCUGAAAGUGUGAAGGUUCGGUUUGUAGCUAUUAAGAAGACUGUGGAGGCACUAGCUAGUGUUCGCAUGGUUUUGGAAGAUAAGAAGGCGGUGCGCACGGGAGAAGUAAUUAAUGGCGGGCGAGUGGAUACCGGUGUGACUGGUGGGUUUGUGCAGGUUACUGAGCAGACUCGGGUAGAGAUUGUAGCUGAGAAUCGGGGGGUGGUGGCUGCAGUUGGAUUGGGGAGAGAGAUUGAAAGUAUUUGCCGAAUAGUUAGAACAGCACAUGCUGGUAAAGAAGGUGCACCUCGAGGGGUGGUGGUUGUUGGUGGAGUUGGGAUGGGUAAGAAGACUUUUUGUCGGGUCGUGUUGGAUCGUUUGGGCCGAGACUGGGUGCGAGUGCGGGUGGUAGGUAAUGAUGCGCGAGAACUAGUUGAGGCGUAUGCUUAUGCCAAACUGAAUGAGCCGUGCACGCUCUGGAUUGAUCGGGCUGAUCGGUACUUUAGUGAAGAGAAACUUGGCGCGCCCGUAGUGGAGAUAGAAAGUAUGCUGGAGGAUAUUCACUUGCACCAAAGAAGAAUUGCCGUGGUGGCAACGGCCAAAACGGUGGCGAGUUUACCGGAAGAGUUAUUGGGGGCGCGUGUGUUCGAUACGGUUGUACAUUUGGCCGCACCGAGUUUAGGACAGCGCCAGGAGCAGAUAGUUCAGGCGGUGGCUGAGCACCAGAAAGAGCAUGGAUGUGUCUGUCCGGAGGAACUGAUUGUGUGUGUAGCCCAGAGAACAGCUGGAUUUUCGCGUGGAGAGCUACACCAGCUCUUGCGAGACUCGUUGGAUGUACCUUUGUCCUCAUUAGCGGGUAGUAGUGAGCAUCAAGUGGCUAUACUUGGUGGUCAGCUAGAAUCUAUGCAUAUCUCAACCGCAUCCUCGGCUGUAUCGGCAUCUGUGUCUUCUAAUUCUAGUAGUGCCGAUUUGGGUUUGGGGUGUAUGAAGCAUCUUUUGUCCCAAAUAGUUAGAAUUGUUCCUAGUGCCUCUAAUGAAAGUUCAGCCGAAGUACCAGAUGUAAGAUUUAGUUCGGUCUUUGGUCAGACUAAAGCCAAGGCUAAGCUGACUGAGGCUGUGCUUUGGCCGAUUCAGCACCAGGCGUUGUUUGAGGAGGAAGGAGUUGUACCGCCUAAGGGCGUAUUGCUUUAUGGCCCGCCGGGUUGUGGGAAGACUUUGUUGGCGCAGGCGUUGGCUAAUGAGAGCGGAGCAGUCUUUUUGUCCAUUCGUGGUCCGGAAAUUAUGGGCAAGUAUGUUGGGGAGAGUGAAGAGCGGCUGCGGCGUGUUUUUGCUCGGGCUAGAGCUUUAACUCCCUCGAUUGUCUUUAUUGAUGAAAUUGAUUCGAUCGCACCGCAUCGAGAGGCCGAGGGUGGCCAAGUGGAUAAGCGCGUUGUUUCUACUUUGCUAACGGAAAUGGAUGGGGUUGGCAGUGGCGCAGGAGUUUUUGUAUUAGGGGCUACCAACAAGCCAUGGAGUAUUGAUAGUGCCUUGCUGCGUCCCGGGCGGUUUGAUCACCACGUCCUAGUGGACAUUCCUGAUCUAUCCACGCGAACCCAGCUUCUGAGCAGUAAAUUAGAUAAGAUAUGCCUUGGAAUAAGGAAGUGGGCGAAAAGCACAGAGGACCUAGCUGAAAGCAGGAAAGAGCUACAAGAAUUCCUUUUAAAGCAUACUUCGGUCUUUACUGGGGCUGAACUAGUUGGUCUGUGUAACGAACUUUCUAUGCAGAUCAUUCGCAUGCGGCUGGACAGUCGAGGAUAUACGCCCAAUGAGAUUAUUGAACAACUCAAAGCCACGGCUAGCCACAUUCACUCCCGCAUUACGCCGCAAGAGCAUGAUCUUUUUGUGCACUACGAGCAGGCAUCAUCUCGUCAAUAA